GCAGCUAGCUUGCUCUCGACUAACAACAAUGAGAAGUGCUAGCUAGCUGUUAUAAACGUGCCGUCCUAUUUGACUGAGCUUCCAUAAGGUUGGAUGCAGAGAACACUGAUUUUUUCAGCUCCUAAGACUAUUUGUAUAAACCUACAGCGCCAGCAACUUCAGAAAGCGUGCAGAACCCUUUCUGUCUCUUCAUGCUUUAAACCUCCAUCUACAACUGUUCACACGUUCGAUUUUUGCCGGCAAAUCCAUCAUUCAUCCUUGGCAUCCAGACUCCUCCAGAACAGUCCACCCAGGCUCUUCCUACGUCAGUGUUUCUCCGACCAGCCAGACAUGGCAGAACAGAGGUUCAUCGUGGAGUACGCCAAACGCGGCACUGCGGGAUGUAAGAAAUGCAAGGACAAAAUCGCAAAGGAAGUGGUGCGCAUAGGGAAGGUUGUGCCAAACCCCUUCAGCGAGUCCGCGGGCGAGAUGAAAGAGUGGUAUCACGUGAAGUGUAUAUUUGAGAAGCUGGAGAGGGCGAGAGCCACCACGAAGAAGAUUGAGGACAUCACAGAUCUGGAGGGCUGGGAGGAGCUGGAGGACCAGGACAAGGAGAUCAUUAACAAACAUGUUUCAGACCUGAUGGCCAAAGUCAAUGCCAGUCCAAAGAAGAAGGUGCAGGCCAAGAUGAACACCUCUGGCCAGCUGAUGGCUCCUCCUGCCGACCCAUCUGUCAACGCGCCGCGGAAGUUCUCAGGCUUCACCGCUACGAAAGCCGGCAGCUCCAGCAGCCCCGGACCGUCCUCCUCCUCCACCUCCUCCUCCUCCUCCAGUGUCAGCCAAGGCAGCCCCCUGUCCGCCCAGCUCUGUGACCCCCAGCACAAGGACUGCCUCUUCAGAGAGUUUCGUAAGCUCUGCGCCAUGGUGGCCGAACACAGCAGCUACAACGUCAAGACGCAGAUCAUUGAGAAGUACCUCAGGAAGGGCUCAUGUGGAGAUAAGUUCCAUGGAGAUCUUUACCUCACGGUGAAGCUGCUCCUGCCAGGCGUUGUGAAAAGCGUCUACAACCUCAACGACAAGCAGAUCGUUAAACUCUUCAGCCGCAUAUUCAGAAGCAACCAGGACGACAUGGUGCGCGAUCUGGAGCAGGGCGAUGUGUCUGAGACAGUGAGGAUGUUCUUCGAGGAGAGUAAAUCAUGUCCCGCGGCUACAAAGAGCCUCCUGACCAUCCAGGAAGUGGACGCCUCACUAACCCGCCUCGCCCUGCUCACCAAGGAGGACGAGCAGCAGACGGAGCUGGAGGAAAUCACAAAAAAAUGCACCAGUAAUGACCUGAAAUGCAUCAUCCGGCUCAUUAAACACGACUUGAAGAUGAACUCUGGAGCAAAACACGUCUUGGACGCCGUGGAUCCAAAUGCUUACGAUGCCUUCAAGGCCUCUCGUAAUCUGGGGGACGUGAUUGAGCGGGUGUUGAAGAACCAGCAGGAUUCGUCUAAUGGAUCCGGACCCAGGAAACUCCUCACCGUGGAGGCCUCGCUCAUGACCCCCGUUCAGCCCAUGUUGGCGGAGGCAUGUAAAUCCAUCGAGUACGCCAUGAAGAAAUGCCCCAACGGGAUGUACUCCGAGAUCAAGUACGACGGAGAACGAGUGCAAGUCCAUAAGAACGGAGACCACUUCAGCUACUUCAGCCGCAGCCUCAAGCCCGUGUUACCACACAAAGUGGCCCAUUUCAAGGAAUACAUCCCUAAGGCUUUCCCUGGAGGCCACAGCAUGAUAUUGGAUGCUGAAGUUCUUCUAAUUGACACAAACACCAGUAAACCCCUUCCCUUUGGGACGUUGGGUGUACACAAGAAAGCCGCCUUUCAGGAUGCCAAAGUGUGCCUUUUUGUUUUUGACUGCAUCUACUUCAACGGCGUGAGCCUCAUGGAGAGGCCUCUGUAUGAACGCAGGAAGUUCCUGCACGACAACAUGGUGGAGGUGGCCAACCGGAUCCUGUUCUCAGAGAUGAAACACGUCACUAGGUCAAGAGAUCUGGCUGAAAUGAUAACUCGAGUCAUCAGAGAGGGACUCGAAGGCCUGGUGCUAAAAGACUUAAAGGGCUCCUAUGAACCGGGGAAACGCCACUGGCUGAAGGUGAAGAAGGACUAUUUGAACGAAGGCGCCAUGGCGGACACGGCUGACCUGGUGGUGCUGGGGGCCUUCUAUGGAAAAGGAUCAAACGGGGGCAUCAUGUCCAGUUUCCUAAUGGGCUGCCACGACCCACACUCCAAGAAAUGGUGCACCGUCACCAAGUGCUCCGGAGGCUACGACGACGCCACCUUGGCCCGGCUCCAGAAAGAGCUGGAUAUGAUCAAAAUCAGCAAGGAACCAAGCAAAAUUCCAGGCUGGCUGAAAAUCAUCAAGAACUAUUAUCCGGAUUUCAUUAUUCGUGAUCCUCAGAAAGCCCCCGUCUGGGAGAUCACGGGAGCAGAGUUUUCCAAAUCAGAGAUGCACACCGCUGACGGCAUCUCCAUCCGCUUUCCCCGAAUGACGCGCAUCCGCGACGACAAGGACUGGAAGACUGCCACGAACCUGGACCAGCUUAAAGAGCUUUUCCGCAUAUCGAAGGAGAACUGUGACUUUAAAGUGGAAGCUGGACCGUCGGCAUCCAACGACGACAAGGGCUCAUCGGGAGGAGACAGCGGAGGAAGCUCCCCGUCACCCUCCACCCGUAAACCUCCACCCAAGAAGACCAACAGCACGCCCAGCACACCCAAAACAAAGGUGAUCAAAUCAGAGCCUCGCACGCCUGGCUUAGAAGCACCCAGCGCCAAAAAGGUGAAGAAGAGUGAAAGUGUUCACAGUAAUGGACAAAGCAAAACCAAGCCGACCUCUACACUGCUGGAGCCGAGGAAAGACAAGACGCUGUUGGACAUCUUCAGUGGGGUGAAGCUUUUCCUGCCCGUCUCCGUGCAGGACUUUGACAGGCUGAGGCGGUACUUUGUGGCGUACGAUGGAGACGUCGUACCGGAUUAUGACAUUGCCUCGGCCACACAUACGCUGGCUGACCCUGACGAAGACGGCAAGGCCCAGAGAGUUUCAGCCGGAUGGAUCUGGGAAUGCAUUCGCAAGAGGCGGGUCGUGCCUCCCUGUUAAGAAAACAACCAAACACAUUUUAUGCACUGUUAACAUGUCUCUUAACUACCGCACAUCAGUGCAACCAACGUUCUAUUUAUGCUUUGGACACAAAAGUCGGAUCACGCACACUUUUAUGACACUCGUCUGGGAAAUUGCUUUGUCCUUGGGUUCAAUCACACACUGCUCUCAGGUUAUUUGAUGUAUUCUUUCCCAAUCCUUUUUAUUUGUAAACUAUCAGAGAACACAUACAGUAUGGAAAUGUACUGUAGAUGUAGAAUAGUUUGUUUUGUUAAAGUGGCUGCAAGAGGACUGUAAAUCAUGAAAUGCAUUAUUUUUAAGGUACUAACCCGCAGCUCAUUAGGAACUAACAAAAGUUGACAAAGAUAAAAAAAAAAAUGUCUGUAAAGUUUUUCUAAUGCUUUUUGUUUUCUGUUAAAUUGGUCAAUAAAAAUGGUCGCUUGCUUGGUCGCAAGUAAUAAAGAUGUCAGAGUAUAGUAUGUCGUCAAAAGCCCUAAAAAUAUUUCACAGUAUAGCG